CGAGAGGGACACUUUUUAAAACCUUUUUAUGUUGCACGCAUCCGGAGGCAAUGGCAGUAGAGAGAGAAGAGGCCACCGAGCAAGCAGAGAGAGAGAGAGAGAGGAGGGAGGCCUGGAGCCCUGGAGGGAGCGCAUGAGCUGACAGAAGAGAGCACAGAGGCACUUGGAGUUGGCACGCGGUGCUCUGCUUGCCCCCGCCUCCUCCCUGUUCUAUACUCUCGCAGGCCCAGGCCAAGCCCCUCCCCCGCCCUCAGACGCACCGCGGCAAGAAAUCCUCCACUCCAUCCCGGUUUCCCCGGAGAGAUUAUGUGGGAUUAGGUAGAUGAGGGCGGCGCUGUUCGGUGCCGAGCGGAACGGGGCUGCGGACCUCGUCGGAGACGGGAAGACGCUGUUCUGGCCGGAGGGGAAGGCGAAGGUGCUGUUGGAGCCGAGGUCCGUGCUGGACUGCACGCGGAGCCUCAGCCCCAACAACUCAACAUCGACGUUGUCGUCGUCCGUGGGUGGCGGCGCUGCGGACUCGACCGGCAUGGCGGUGGCUUCGGACAGCAGCGCCGCCGCCGAAGCCACCAAAUGGGGAGCCCCCGGCGAGCACGGCGGCGGCGGGAAGGAGGACUGGGCUGGCGGCUGUGAGCUGCCACCGAUUCCCACCGGCCUCGACAUGGGGGUCGGCGGCGGCGACAGCUGGGACGCCAUGCUCGGCAAUGCCGCUGCGGCGGGGCAGGACCAGACGUUCUUGAACUGGAUCAUUGGGGCCGCCGGCGACCUGGAUCAGCCAGGGCCGCCGCUUCCCGUGCACCAGCAGCCGCUCCUUGACAAUGUGGGCUUCGGGUUCCCGGCAGCGGACCCCCUUGGUUUCACGCUCGAUCCACACCUCUGCGGCCUUGCCUGUGACAUGUCGUCCCCUGGUGCGGUGUCGCACACUACCAACAGUAGCGGCGGUGGCAACAAGGCGUCCUCGGCCUUCGGCCUCUUCUCACCGGAGUCUGCUUCCCUCCAGCCGCCGCCGCCCCCGGUGCUGUUCCACGAAGGUAUCGACACAAAGCCCCCUCUUCUUGGUGCGCAGCUGCCCGGCCUCCUCCACCAGUACCAGCACCAGCCGACCCCCGGCACAACCUUCUUCAUGCCCAUCCCCUCCUUCCCCGACCCCAAUCAGCGCUCGCCACUCAUCCAACCACCGCCCAAACGUCCUCAAUCCAUAGGGGAUGACCUCUAUCUCGCCCGAAACCGGCUUCUGCCGCCGCCGGCGGGGCAAGGUCAUGCCUUUCCACCAUUAAAUGGCCCUUCUCCGUUCCAGCUCCAGCCUUCGCCACCGCUGUCCCACGGGGCGAUGAAGACAACGGCUGCGGAGGCGGCGCAGCAGCAGUUGCUGGACGAGCUGGCGGCGGCGGCAAAGGCCGCCGAAGCUGGCAAUUCCAUUGGCGCGCGAGAGAUAUUGGCGCGGCUCAAUCACCAGCUUCCCUUGCUCGGGAAGCCGUUCCUCCGCUCCGCCUCCUACCUCAAGGAGGCCCUCCUCCUCGCGCUCGCCGAAGGCCACCACGGCGGCUGCCACCUCACGUCGCCCCUCGACGUUGCCCUCAAGCUCGCGGCGUACAAGACUUUCUCUGACCACUCGCCCGUGCUCCAGUUCACCAACUUCACCGCGACACAGGCACUUAUCGACGAAAUUGCCCGCAGCACAUCGUCCUGCAUCCAUGUCAUCGAUUUUGAUCUUGGUGUUGGAGGCCAGUGGGCUUCUUUCUUGCAGGAGCUCGCACACCGCCGUGGCGCAGGCGGUGCGGCUCUGCCGUCCGUGAAGCUCACUGCCUUUGUAUCAGCUGCUUCCCACCAUCCACUGGAGCUGCGUCUCACGCGUGACAACAUUGCACAGUUUGCUGCAGACCUUGGGAUUCCCUUUCAGUUCAGUGCUAUCAGCGCUGAUACGAUCAACCCUGCAGAGCUCGUUUCUGCCACCGCUGAUGAAGUUGUAGCUGUUGUCCUCCCGGUUGGUUGCUCUGCUCGUGCACCACCGCUGCCAGCGAUCCUUCGGUUGGUGAAACAGCUGGCUCCUAAGAUUGUGAUAGCCAUAGACCAUGGCGCUGAUCGUGCUGACCUUCCCUUCUCGCAGCACUUCUUGAAUUGCUUCCAGUCCUGCAUGUUCCUCCUUGAUUCGCUUGAUGCUGCUGGCAUUGAUGCUGAUUCUACCUGCAAGAUUGAGAAGUUCCUGAUUCAGCCAAGAAUUGAGGAUGCGGUGCUUGGGCGGGGCAAGGUGGACAAGCCAAUUGCAUGGAGAAGUGCAUUUGCAGCUGCUGGGUUCGCACCUGUUCCACCCAGCAAUUUGGCGGAGGCACAGGCCGACUGCCUCCUGAAGCGGGUGCAGGUCCGCGGUUUCCACGUGGAGAAAUGCGGGGUCGGGCUCACACUAUACUGGCAGUGUGGCGAGCUUGUCACUGUAUCAGCAUGGCGGUGCUGAUCAGCGAUCCACGCCUGUGCGCACCAUGUUCCACCAACAUUUGCUGGCAUCUUCAACCCGAGUAAUGUGUAUUUUGUCUUGCAAUUAAAUGCUACUAAGGAAACUGAUAUAUUGCUGUUGAACCCUCCAUGUUCAUCAUCUUUGCAACUUACGAGCUAGAACUAGUGGAUUUUUAGCAAUGUUGGUGCCAAUAUCUCUAGUGUAAUGAUGUUGGCCUAAGAUUUUACCCUGCUUGCUCUCAGCUCACUAGACAUUCCCAUGUCAUUUGGAACACUGCUUGUGAGGAGAGGGUAUAAUUAACCUAUCAAAUGUCUGUGGUAUAGUACUGAUAUGUGUUUCAUGUUUCUUUAUAUCAGUCAUUGUUCUUAUGGUA